UCCUAACCCUGAGACCUGGCAGGACCGGGGGAUGGUGGCCUGGAAAACCUAGGUGUGGGAGAUGGGGGUCCCUCCAGCCACCAUCUCCGCCUCCAAAAACUGAACCAGCAGGAGCUGGAAGGGUCAGUGGGACCAACCUGCCAGGAGAAGGACAUCUGCAUUCAUUCAUUCAUUCAGUACCUGCCAUGAGCCUGGUAUCUUCAUUCCUUCCUUCAUGCCUUCCUUCAUGUGCUCAUCCAGCAAAUAGUGGGUAUUUGUGUCAUGGGCAGGACAGCUGGCACACUCCAACAGGGCUGAUCCAAGAUCUUAAAGAAGGGACCAGUAAGGAAUGGCUAAGCCCCACCCCCAGAGCUGGCAACAGGAAGGAGCAGCUACCACCUGGAGCUGUGGCUCUGGGCAGAGGUCUACAGCCAUGCCAAACUCCAGCGAGGGCAAGAAAUUUCCUAUUUCUCCUCUUACAUUCAGAUUUUCUGCUGGGCUCCCCUAUUGGCUAAGCCCAACAACAAAUACUGGGCAAGGGAGGCUUGCAUGUUGUUUAACCUCUGUGACUCAGUUUCCUCAUCUGUAAAAUGGGAGCAACAGUAACCCCUUCUCUUAACGCACUGUGACGAUCAAGUGAGUUAAUCUGCAUAGAGUACCUACCACAGGACCCACACUAUUCUUAUUAGCACUGAUACCCUGGGCUAGGGGAUCCUGUGGGAGACAGAUACAAGUUUCCCGUCAUGGAGCCUGUGCUUUGUUGAGGGCAUGGGUGGAAUGAACUCCCCCUCCCAGCCUAGGGGUGCCUUCCUCAUUGCCUUGUAUGCCCUGGCAGCUGAGACCGUGCUGAGGCUGUUUGGCUGGUGCAGGGCCCAGGCUGUGAGGUGGCCCCGUGAGGGGCACACUAGCCCUGCAUCCCUGGGAAUUGGUGCAUCUGCCAAGAAAAUGUUUAGUUUCCAUUCUCAGCCUGGCUUCUUCUCCCAGGGCCCAGCAAGAGAGAGCAGCCCCUCCUGGCCUUCCUGCUGGGGAACAGAUUGCCAGAGCCACUUCUGAGUGGGGUACAGAUGUUGGUGGCUCAUCAGGUGAAAGGAAGUACAGAGAGAGCCUGAAGUUGGCUCUGUGGUCCCAACUUGGCUGUCACUGGCCUUCUGCUCUCUGGACCUCAGGACCCAUCUGAGUGCUCUGGGGGCCAGCCCUGUGGACACUUGUGGAGUCUGGGGAGAGGUUGCAGGCAUGAGUGCAGGGCGUGGGAGUCGGCCUCCCCUGUUCCUCACCUUACUUCCUUUAGUAAUCACAACAGCCCUGAGAAGCGAGAGCCUCAUCCCCAUGGCACAGAGGAGAAGCGCAUCUACCGGGUGCCAGUGUUCACAGCGCCCUUCUGCCAGGCCCUACUGGAGGAGCUGGAGCACUUCGAGCAGUCUGACAUGCCCAAGGGGAGGCCCAACACCAUGAACAACUACGGGGUGCUGCUGCACGAGCUCGGGCUGGACGAGCCGCUGGUGACCCCACUGCGGGAGCGCUUCCUGCAGCCGCUGAUGGCCCUGCUGUACCCUGACUGUGGCGGGGGCCAGCUCGACAGCCACCGGGCUUUUGUGGUCAAAUACGCACUGGGCCAGGAUCUCGAGCUGGGCUGCCACUAUGAUAAUGCCGAGCUCACCCUCAAUGUGGCCCUGGGCAAGGUCUUCACAGGGGGUGCCCUGUAUUUCGGGGGCCUCUUCCAGGCACCCACAGCCCUGACAGAGCCCCUGGAGGUGGAGCACGUGGUAGGCCAGGGCAUCCUGCACCGGGGUGGCCAGCUGCACGGGGCCCGGCCCUUGGCCACUGGAGAGCGCUGGAACCUCAUCAUCUGGCUCCGUGCCUCUGCUGUGCGGAACCGCCUCUGUCCUAUGUGCUGCCGUGCGCCUGAUCUGGUGGACGACGAGGGCUUCGGUGAUGGCUUCACCCGAGAGGAGCCUGCCACAGUGGAUGUGUGUGCACUCACCUGAGCCUACUUGGACCCAGUGUGGGGGUGGCAGGGCAGGUGAGGGCUCUGUCACGGGCUGGCGGCAGAAAUUAACUCCCUGCAGCCUACUGCACUUCUUGGUUCAAGGAUGUGCCAGAUUCUGGGUUAUCCUCUGGGUCAACAGGCUGCUUUAGUUCAGGUUUGUUGGAAGUGGAGUCUGGAAUGAGGCUUCAGUGAGGGAGUGAGGAAAGCAGGGGAGGGCAGGGAGCAGCUGGGCAAGGAAGUGGCUUCAGAGGAAGUCCAGCCUCAGCUGGGCCCUCGGGGAGCUUCAGAUAGAGCCCACAGUACUGCAGUGUGCCCACAGCAUUGGUUAGUGGCUCCUGGGUGAGGGAGGGAUGAGUAACUUCCCAGACACUUAUCUCCAGGGCAGGGUGGCUUCCAGUGGCCAAGGGAAGCCUCCAGAGACAGCACAGUUGUGAAUUCUUGGCAGCAGAGGCAUCACCCCCAGUGGACUCGGGUGGAUCACUAGUAGCAUCUUCUAGAUGGCAGAGGGGUGAAUGGCAGGGCCGGGAGCCAGGCUGCCCAGGUUCCCAUUCUGCUUAUGCCACUUACACACUUUGUGUGGCUUUGAGUGAGCCUUCACCUUUUGGUGCCUUGGUUUCCUCAUGUGGAGAGCACCUACCUCCUAGAGCUGUUCUGAGAGUCAAAUGCGCAGACGUUAAUAAAGUGCUUUGCAAA